AUGAUCUCUGCUGAUAUCCCUGGAUACCCCAGCACUUCCUCUGAGAGUCAUCCCCUUGCAUUGAGGAAGAAGCAGCAGGCCACUGUCAAGGUUGCCCAGGCCACUAUCAAGGUUGCCCAGGCCACUAUCAAGGUUGACCAGACCACUAUCAAGGUUGACCAGACCACUAUCAAGAUUGACCAGACCACUAUCAAGACUAACCUGUGGUCCUCAGGCUUGGGGACGAAGCUGGAGGCUAUCACCCCAUUCCUGGGGAAAUACCGCCCCUUUGUGGGUCGCUGCUGCCAGAUCUGCACCCCCAAGAGCUGGGAGUCCCUCUUCCACAGAAGCAUAAUGGAUCUGGGAUUCUGCAAUGUGAUCCUGGUAAAGGAAGAGAACACCAGGUUUCGGGGCUGGCUGGUUCGGAGGCUCUGCUAUUUCUUGUGGUCCCUGGAGCUGCGCAUACAACCCUGCGGGGAUGACCCACAGAAGGUCAUGGAAAGCACUGGGGUACAGAAUGUCAUCUCAGGGAGGGCUCCAGGAGGAGCUGGGGAAGGCCAGGUGCCCAGCCUUGUGAAGAAAGAGGUACAGCGCAUCCUGGGUCACAUCCAGGCCCCGCCCCGCCCCUUCCUGCUCAGGUUGUUCAGCUGGGCAGUACUGCGGUUCCUGAACCGCCUCUUCCUGAACGUGCAGCUUCACAAGGGCCACAUGAAGAUGGUCCACAAGGCCGCCCAGACGGGCUUGCCGCUCAUUCUCCUCUCUACCCACAAGUCACUCCUGGAUGGGAUCCUGCUGCCGUUUGUGUUGCUCUCCCAGGGCCUGGGCGUGCUUCGUGUGGCUUGGGACCCCUGUGCCUUCUCCCCCAUCCUCAGAACUCUGCUGAGGAAGCUUGGGGGGCUUUUCCUGCCCCCAGAGGCCAACCUCUCCCUGGACAACUCUGAGGGGGUUCUUGCAAGGGCUGUGGUCCAAGCGGCCACAGCCCCACUGGGCCUGUGGACAGGAGCUCUGGCUGUCCUGUGGAGCCUGGGAGGCUGGCGCUGCGGCCCCCGGGUCUGCGUCCGUGUGCACCUGACCCAGCCCUUCUCCCUGCAGGAAUACACCAUCAAUUCGAGAAGCUGCUGGGGCAGUAGGCAGACCCUGGAGCAGCUGCUUCAGCCCAUUGUGCUGGGCCAAAGUACUGUCAUCCCAGACACUGAGAAGGAGCAGGAGUGGACCCCAAUAACCGGGCCCCUUCUGGCCCUCAAGGAAGAGGACCAGCUUCUGGUCAGGAGGCUGAGCCGUCACAUCCUGAAUGCCAGUGUGGCGAGCUCUGCGGUGAUGAGCAGAGCAAUCAUGGCGACGCUGCUGCUGUUCAAGCACCAGAAGGGUGUGUUCCUGUCGCAACUCCUGGGGGAGUUCUUCUGGCUGACAGAGGAAACACUGCUGCGUGGCUUUGACGUGGGCUUCUCAGGUCAGGUGCGGUGCCUGGUGCAGCACACGCUGAGCCUGCUGCAGGCGCAUGUGGCUCUGCUGCGUGUCCACCAAGGGGACUUGCUGGUGGUUACCAGGUCUGGCCCAGGCCUCAUGCACUUGGCACGCCUGAGUGCCCAGCUGCUGCCUGUCUUCCUGAGUGAGGCUGUGGGCGCCUGUGCAGUUCGGGCACUGUUAGCAGGCAAAGUGCCAGCAGAGGGGCCCUGGGAGCUGCAGGGCAUCCAGCUGCUGAGCCAGAAUGAGCUGUACCGCCAGGUCCUGCUGCUUCUGCACUUGCUGCCACAGGACAUGCUGCUGCUGCAGCCCUGUCAGUCUUCCUACUGUUACUGUCAGGAGGUGCUGGACCGUCUCAUCCAGUGUGGGCUCCUGGUGGCUGAGGAGACCCCAGGCUCCCAGCAGGCCUGCGAUACAGGGCGACAGCGUUUGAGCACCAAGCUGCUAUGGAAACCGAGCGGAGACUUUACUGAUAGUGACAGUGACGACUUCGAGGAAGCUAAGGGCCGGUACUUCAGGCUCAGUCAGCAGUCUCGCUGCCCUGACUUCUUCCUCUUCCUGUGUCGCCUGCUCAGUCCGAUGCUCAAGGCCUUCGCACAGGCUGCCGCCUUCCUCCACCAGGGCCAGCUGCCUGACACAGAGUCAGGCUAUGUGGAGCAGCUGUUCCAGUUCUUGCAGGCCACUGCUCAGGAGGACGGGUUCUUCGAGUGUGCAGACCCAUGUCUUGCCAUCAAGGCUGUGUGGACCUUCAGAGACUUGGGGGUGCUGCAGCAGACGCCCAGUCCUGCAGGCCCCAUGCUCCGCCUGUCCCCUACAUUCACCAGCCGGGACAAUCAGGAAAAGCUGGAACAGUUCAUCCGGCAAUUUAUUUGUGGCUAGAAAUGUGGGCUGGAGCCUGUAAGGAGACUUCUCAGCCCCAGAUACACAAGCCCUGGAGCCAGAGGCUGCUGCAAACCUUUGGUUGACUUAUAAAAUCUUUGAGGAUUGUCUCUUGCCGUCUCAUGCUUUCUCCAUCCUUUGGUGUAAUACACAAGGGGACUGGACUGGAAUGGACAAGUCCUCCUUCCAAGCCCAGCAG